AUGAGUUCGAUUCAUUUGAUAAACACCCUUGCUGCUCCAUUUCGUUCUUUUUCUCCUCCGUCCCAUUUUCCGCAAUGCCAUUCACCUCUCCGUUCCUCUGCUGUACCGAAACGAACUCGUUUCUCUUACUCGUCUGGGUUCCGCCUUGCCUCAGGUCCAACUCUGAAUUCGGUUCCGCGUGGGAAUGGAACUUAUUCAGUUGCUGAUUUCAUGACAAAGAAGCAAGAUUUGCAUGUUGUGAAAAUCUACACCACCGUUGAUGAAGCUCUGGAGGCUCUUGUAAACAACAGAAUCAGUGGUCUUCCGGUAAUAGAUGAUAACUGGAAUUUGGUUGGAGUUGUUUCCGAUUAUGAUUUAUUAGCUAUUGACUCGAUAUCAGGAGGCCCUCAGAGUGAUGCAAACUUGUUCCCGAACGUGGAUAGCACUUGGAAAACAUUCAAUGAGCUACAAAAGUUGCUUAGUAAGACCAAUGGGCAAGUUGUUGGUGAUUUGAUGACUCCAACUCCACUUGCUGUUCAUAAAUCGACUAGUCUUGAGGAAGCGGCUAGGCUGUUGCUUGAAACAAAAUAUCGUCGACUACCUGUGGUAGAUGAUGAUGGAAAGCUAGUUGGACUUAUUACAAGGGGAAAUAUUGUUAAGGCAGCUCUGCUAUCAAAACGCGCGGGAGAGUGGUGA